UCUGAACUAAAAAAACUCUCCUUGGCCUUUUUGGUAUUUCCGCCGUGAACCCAGAGCUCAGGUCGGCUGCCGGUGAUCGAAGAUCGAAGUGGAGAUUGUAAUUAAUUAUUCAAAUGGACGUAGCAUUUAUUGUCGGCGCUUUUGGAAUGUUGAUUCUUUCGCACGCCGCAUAUUCAACCAUUCAAUAUAGAGGUAUAUUGAAGAUUAUGGAAGAGGAAUUUUCAGGACCUCCAGUUAAUGUGGUGAUAGAGUUGCUAUUAGGGUUAGUGUUGUGUAUAUGGGCAGCUUUGACUGCUCCAGGGGAAUUCCUCUCCAUACAUCCUCAUUCAGAUGAGAACAGGAUCGUAUCGUUACCAGAAAAUAUGGACUUCAUGAUCUUCAACCAUCGCGGUAAAGUUUCCCCUUCAGACGUGGAGUUGAAGCUGAAGCAUUGAAGUCUUUUCAACCAAAUGGAAGGAUCACUUUCUGUUUGAGGAGAGCUGUAAUUUUUUCUGUCAAAUUAGAACUUGAGAAGAGCAAAACUUUGUGGAUGUGUCGAUCCAGGGAUGCCUAUGCCUAGUUUAUUAAGUUAACUCUUUAAUUGUUUAUCCUUCCAGUUUUCUCUGUUGCUCAACUUUGUAGAUGGCUUUAAAUACAUCAAUGGAAUUUUCUGUUCCUCAA